GGGACUUAUGUUCUCUUUCAAUGGCACUACUUGCUGAGGUAUAUUGCAGUGAGCAUUUCCUGUAGAAAACUGUUUACAACGUUUGAUUUAAACUGCUAAAAAUGGGAGUAAAAGAUCUUUGGAAUAUUUUGUCGCCUCUAUGCGAAAGAAAACCAAUGUUUGAGCUUCAAGGGAAGACAAUAGCUAUUGACAUGAGUUGUUGGGUUGUAGAUAGUCAAACAGUCACUGAUAAUCAUGUUCAACCAAAAAUGUACCUGAGGAACCUGUACUUUCGCACAGCAUUUCUUCUUAUGCAAGACAUACUACCAGUCUUUGUGCUAGAAGGGAAAGCACCAGAUUUGAAACUUAAUACAAUUGCAAAAAGAAAUGAUAACCGUAAUGGAGUUAGAGAAAGAAAAACUUCUCGCAAAGAAGGAAGACCACAGUUUAAUAGAAUUCUUAAGGAAUGCAAAGAGUUGCUUAAUUACAUGGGUUUAAAAUGUGUACAAGGGCAUGGCGAAGCAGAAGCAAUGUGUGCUUAUUUAAAUGAAGAUGGGCUUGUUCAUGGAUGCAUAAGUCAAGAUAGCGAUUGCUUUCUUUAUGGAGCAAAAGUAGUUUACAGGAACUUUUGUGCAAGUGCUCGAGGAAAUCGUGGGGGCACAGGUGGUGCUGUUGAUGAGUAUAAUAUUGACAAAAUAGAAAAGAUAUUAGAUUUAGGAAGAAAUAAAAUGAUAGCAUUGGCUUUAUUAUGUGGAUGUGAUUAUGAUGAGGGAUUAAAUGGAGUAGGCAAGGAAGCUGCUAUGAAACUGUUCAAAAUUGUAAAAGAUCAAGAUAUCAUUGAACGGAUAAAAAGCUGGAAAACAGAUGAUAUUUUAGAUCAUAAAGAAUCAGAGUUACUUUCAUCAAAUAUGUGUUCAUCUUGUGGUCAUAGUGGCAAAGUGCAAAAGCAUACAAAAUCAGGUUGUAUAGACUGCGGUACCGUGGUAAAGUGCAAUAAUUCGUACAAGGAACAGAGAGCAUUAAUACUGAAUGAAAUUUCAUUACGAAAGAAGGCACUUCUUGUUCCCGAUUUUCCUAAACAAGAAUUGAUAGAUGAAUUUCUUGUUAGAAAAGAUUCGGUACCUACAAAACUGGAUAUUCAGUGGAAGCAACCACAAGUUGAUAAAUUCAUUGACUUUGUGGAACGACAUUUAUGUUGGGAGCCACAGUAUGCAUUUGAAAAAAUAUUUCCCCUGGCGACACGUUGGCAACUGUUAUAUCUCCCAAAUAUUUCUAUUGAACAUCGGUUGUCAAUACCUGAUUUAUUUAUACCUGAGAAAAUAAAAAAGAUUCGAAAUAUUAGAUCUGUAGCUUGUUAUGAAAUAAUAUGGAAAACUGAUCACGCUGUAAUAGAAAAAUUAAAAGAAUAUAUAGCAUUAAGUAAAGAUAAUGAUGCAAGUGAUACAGAAAUUUUAUCUGAAUUAACAAGCAUUGAACCGCAAGCUGCUGCGAAAGAAUGUUAUACAGAGUUAGUUGAAAUAUUUGAAAAUACAAGAAAUGUGAAAACAAAGAAACGAACAACUAAAAAUAAAGCACAAAAUAAUGUCGAUUCGGGAGGUAUUAUAAAAAAUAAAGCAACAAAAAGACGCCAGAAGAAAACUGAGAAAGUCCCUAUAAGCGUAGAAAACAAUAGAAAGAUUGAUGAAUUCAUAGGUAAAGAUCGUUGUUUAUCAUUGGAAGAAUCGUUUGGAAGAAUGAGUAUUACUCCCAAAAGAUCUAAACCUUUAGUCAAAGAAAAACAAGAAGAAAAUAUUAGAAUAAAACGCGGUCCUCAAUUAAAUAAAGUACUGCGAAUAGAAAAAGUAAAUUCAAAGUUAAAUAAUACGUUAGAUAGAAUGUUUAAUGAACUCUCACCUGAUGAUUUUGUUAGCGAUAAUGAUGAUCAUGAUUUAAACAUGUCGGAAAUAAUCGACAAUAUAUGUAAAGAAAGAAUUUUCAAAUUCGAUGUCAUGGAAGGUGCAGACGUAUGUAAAAAUGAAAGAAGUGAAAAUUUUAAUGCAGACAGUAGUACAAAGUGUUAUGAAACAGAACAUACUGAAUGUAACGCGGUUGCCGAUGAAUCUAUAAAUGAAUUUCCUAGCAUAAGUGAAUCUUAUGUUCCACUUUAUGAAAGAAUAGGAGCUUUUAACGAGAGCAAUGAAUUUCGAAAUAUUCAUACAAAAAAAAAUGAUUUUACUCUUGGAAUUAAUGAUCUUUUGAAUGAUACCGAUGCUGACCAAGCAGAACUUUAAACUUUUUUCUAGAAUUAAUAUUUAUUAUUGUAUUGAAACACUGUAAAUUAUUUUUAUAAUUAUUGUUAUGUAG